CAUUCUAUGUGCUGAGCGUGUGGCUCGGGUUUCUGUGUGUAAUGUUCGUGUGUCUGUGGAGUGGGAUCUGGAGAGGAGGAUUUGCCUGGGAUGGAUCUUUCCUGCAGUUUAACUGGCACCCGGUCCUCAUGGUGACGAGUCUCGUGGUGCUGUAUGGAAAUGCCAUUGUCCUGUACCGUGUUCCUCUCAAGUGGAGCAGGUGGUGGUGUAAGUUGACCCAUGGAGGGCUAUUGUUUGUGGCUGUGGUGUUGUCCGUGCUAGGAGUGCGUGCUGCCUUUGAUUUUCACACUGCCAACAACAUCCCUCAUCUGUAUUCGUUACACAGCUGGACUGGGAUCUCCACAGUGGCCCUACUCACUUUGCAGUGGUUUGUGGGUCUUUGUGCUUUCUUGUUGCCCUGGACUCCUUUGGCUGUUAGAGCCUGCCUGAAACCUCUCCACAUCUGGAUGGGCAUUGCCAUCUUCACCCCGAGUCUCAUCACCAGCCUCUCUGGGAUCAAUGAGAAACUACUGCUGACACUAAAUGGGAAAAAUGGAAGCAAUACAGAACCAUAUACGGCGCUGCCUGCUGAAGCUCUCUUUGCAAACUCAUUAGGCAUUUUAGUUGUUAUUUUUGGAUUGUUAGUGCUGAAAAUUCUGUCCAAUCAGAAAUGGAAGAAUCCAGAGUUUGAGAAUGAAACUGACAGACCUUUGGGGACAGAUGCCAGAUGAAGACUGGAGUAAACAAGAAGAAACAUGCCGCGUAUCACAAUUAUACAAAUCACUUUUUGACUGUUCUGUCGCAGCUGACUGGUUUUAUGCUUGCUUUUUCAACACAUUUAAACAAAUUGAGUGCCUAGUUGAUUGACGUACUAGAACCUUAUCAAUGUGAGAGACAGACCUCUGGUGGUUAGC